GCGUCGGGGGCUGCCCGCGCAGCUGCCUGACCGGAGGGCCCGCGGCGUCUGCCUUUCCGGCCCCCGCCGACGGAUCGAGGCGGCCCACCCAGGGGGCGGGGGUGCCGUUGGUGCCCGUGGCCGUUGCGGAGCAGACCACCUCUUCCCGCGGCCUCGCCAUGGCGACCUACGGACAGAGCUGCGCGCGGCCAAUGUGUAUUCCUCCAUCAUAUGUUGACCUUGGGAAAGCUGCCAGAGAUAUUUUCAACAAAGGAUUUGGUUUUGGGUUGGUGAAACUGGACGUGAAAACAAAGUCAUGCAGUGGCGUGGAAUUCUCAACAUCUGGUUCAUCUAAUACAGACACUGGUAAAGUUACUGGGACCUUGGAGACCAAAUACAAAUGGUGUGAGUAUGGUCUGACUUUCACAGAGAAAUGGAACACUGAUAACACUCUGGGAACAGAAAUCGCAAUUGAAGACCAGAUUUGUCAAGGUUUGAAACUGACAUUUGAUACCACCUUUUCACCAAACACAGGAAAGAAAAGUGGUAAAAUCAAGUCUUCUUACAAGAGGGAAUGUAUAAACCUUGGAUGUGAUGUUGACUUUGAUUUUGCUGGACCUGCAAUCCAUGGCUCAGCUGUCUUUGGUUACGAGGGCUGGCUUGCUGGGUACCAGAUGACCUUUGACAGUGCCAAAUCAAAGCUGACACGGAACAACUUUGCAGUGGGCUACAGGACUGGGGACUUCCAGCUACACACUAAUGUCAAUGAUGGGACAGAAUUUGGAGGCUCAAUUUAUCAGAAAGUAUGUGAAGAUCUUGACACUUCAGUAAACCUUGCGUGGACUUCAGGUACCAACUGCACUCGCUUUGGUAUUGCAGCUAAAUAUCAGUUGGAUCCCACUGCUUCCAUUUCUGCAAAAGUCAACAACUCUAGUUUAAUUGGAGUGGGCUACACUCAGACUCUGCGGCCUGGUGUGAAGCUUACGCUGUCUGCUCUGGUAGAUGGGAAGAGCAUUAAUGCUGGUGGCCACAAACUGGGCUUGCCCUGGAGUUGGAGGCUUAAUCCAGCUGAAAGCAACCUCUGGGAAUGGAUAUCAGAAGAUUUGGCCUUAAUAUAUUUCCAGUGUGACCAGCAGGCUUUUCUCCCUCCAAGAAGGUGAUCAAAACAGGAUGAGCUAAACAAGAGCUGUGUUUUAAAUAUGUAUGUAGACAGUUACUUGUUAGCUGGUUUCUAGUUGAAUUGGUUAUCUAGUUACCAAUGCGGCAGUCCUGCAGUCACCUAUACAUUAUUUAAUGUAUUUAACUGUUAAAUGCGCUACCCACCAAUAAUGAAAUAGACCUUUAUGAAAACUGUACAAUUGUGUGCAUGUUGUUUUUAUGUUCCUUUUAACAUUGAAUAUUGCCAUUGAAUGAAAUGGAUCAGCGGAUUUAAGAUGAGGUUAAAUUUUUCUUGUUAAAUUCAACUAUUAGAAUAACUUUUGGUAUCCGAAAAUAUGACAAAUUAUGAAUAAAAUAACUAUACGUAA